CACAGGAAAAGACACCGAAAGAGAGCAAACACCGCAUAGAAAGACAGAUUGAAAAGAGAGAAAAGGGAGGGAGAGAUAGGGGAGGGAGGUAAAUAUGUGACAGGAUGUGGUUUCCCUGAGCUUGCAGAACAUCAGUACACAGGCAUACUUUGAGCAUGACCUAAACACACCAAGCGUACAAGUGUGUUUGAGCUCCGUUAGGUGGCGAGGGGGAAGACGAAGCAAACCGCUGGAGCUGCUGUUGCUGCUGCUGCUGCUGCUGCUGCUGAGCCUGUAGAGCCGACAGACACUCUGGUUUCUCUGUCGCCUGCCUGGGGAUUGUGUUUCCUUUAAGCCAGCCAGCUUCACGGCAACCUCAGUCAGCCUGUCGGACAGGAUCUGAACCCGUCCUCCAUCCUCUCUUUGUGCUGCUCUCCUUCCAAGUAGAAUGCGAUUCUCUGCUGGAAGCUCUGGUCCAGUUGCUGCCUUUGCGUCCAAGCAGUGAACUUCUCAACUAGAUUGUGAAACAGGAUCCACGCACACAGAGUGACUGACAAACUGUGGAGCCAUGGGCUGCGGGCUGCGUAAGAUGAAACCGAUGUCGGAGGACAACAGUCCGGGGAAGAUUUACUCCACCCUGAAGAGACCGCAGGUGGAGACCAAGGUGGGCGUGGCCUACACCUACCGCUACCUGGACUUUCUGAUCGGCAAAGAUGGUGGGACGUCCACACUGCGUCUCUCGUCGGUGCGGGAGCUGCCAGGUCAGCUGCAGGAGCUUUACCAGCAGGGCUUCGUCCUGGCAGCCGUUCACCCGUUCAUCCACCCCUGUGGUCCAGAGUCCAACAGCCCACAGCACCAGCUCUACCGGGCCAUACUGGUCCGACUCAAUGACGGGGUGGAAAGGAGCCAGCUGGUCUGCCCACCGUACAAACUACAGCUGGAAGAGUGUCUGUCUGCCGAGCAGGUGCCCACCCCUGAGCUCAUCCAGGGCUACGUCAAGAAGCAGAUCCAGGAUGCGGCUGACCAGGGGGUGAAGUUUGUGGGAUUUGUCCAGGAACCUUAUGGGGCCCCAUGCACCACGAUCAGAGAACCAGACACCCCUUCCCUUUCCCUGCACUCCAGCCCAAGCUCAUUGCUCGGUUCUCUGGGAAGCUGCAGCCCAUCGAACCCCUCAAGCCCCAAAAACCAAGCAGAGCCUGGAGCCGGAGCUGGUACAGUGGGCAAAGAGGGGAGUGAGGAAGCCUCACGUGAGGCUGGGGAAGGAGUACUGAGUGUGGAGAAGAGUCAAAGUGAGAACACUGGGAACCAUUCAGGGAGCGGGUUGGAAGGCACUCAGGACGAGGUCUCGCCUGCCACGUCUCCAAUAUCAGAGUUAGACCUGGAGCACAGUGAGGAGCUGACGGAGGAGAACUCGCCGUGUCACAAUAACAACAAAGACAGCGGCACAGAGACAAAGGACAGGCCGAGAUACCGACAGCGGAGAGGUGACGGGGUGGAACUGCUCGCUUUGUACAACCAUCCCCCCGUCCGGGAGGGCCAGGUGAAGUACUACACUGUCAAGGUGCCGCUUCGUGUCCAAAACUGUGAUGAGGGCGUCAAAGGCGUGGAGGCCAACUGGCUGGAUCACAUGACCCAGCAUUUCAACAACGGAGCCUCGCUGGUGGAUGGAUACUUCCACCUGGGCAACGUGAACGAUUUGCUGCCUAAGUCGGUGGAAAGUGUCUUCAUCUUCCAGGAGGCAAGCGAGGGCGAGCCGAACGUGGCCGCGCCUACGUACGACGCCAUCGUAGUGGAGCAGUGGACCGUCAUUGAUGGCCUGCAGGUGAAGGCUGAUUAUGUUCCUCUGCUGCAGUCCCUCGCCACCUAUGGAUGGAGACUCACUUGUGUUCUGCCAACUCCUGUAAUCAAGACUAACAGUGAUGGAAGUCUCUCCACCAAACAGAUUGUUUUCCUGCAAAGACCCGUGCUGGGCCGAAAGAGGAGGGAAUCCAAGAAACUGAUCUUCAAGCCCCGAAGCAAGUCCAACAAGAACUGCAUCAAAGACACCGCAAAGAACAAGAAGAAAAAAAAAACAAAAGCCGAGAAGGAUGCAGAAGAUCCCAAGAUGCUUGAUGACAGAGAAAAGGCUGAGAAAGAGGAAGACAAGAGUAGGGACGAAAGGUUGAACACAACAGACGCAGAGGCGGUGAGAGAAAGUGAGCCACUGAAAGAAAGGGAAUCCAGGUGUGAGGAAGAUAGAAAGAUUGAUGAUGGCAUUGAAAUCAGCAUAGAGACUGUCGAAAAGAAAGAUGGAGGAGCGGAGACAAAAGACAAAGGAGCAGGAAAUGGCACAGAAGAAGGAGGAGGAGAAGAAGAAGAAAAAAUAACAUUGGAUGGAGAGGUAUCAAGAGAGAAUGGAGAGCCUUUAGAAAACCGAGAAGCCCAGGAAGUGGCAGAAGCCGUUGCGACUGUCAAAACAGAGAAUGAGACCAAAGAAAAGGAGGGCGAAGGCGUAGCAGAAGUUGAAGCUGUGAUCGAAAACGGUGUCGAGACGGAUGAGGAGAAAGACGAGGGCAAAGAGAAUGUGCUCAAACACAAGACAGAGGAACCAGCAGGUGUUGAAGUCGUCGCCAAGGAGAUUGUGGCAGAGUCAGAGGUCACGCCCACCAAUCAAACCCCAGAGGAGACUCAAGAGUAGCCCCAAGUCAAGGUUUUUCCCCACCCUACCUCUCAAAGUCCCCAUCUUACGACCUGGUUCUCAGUGUUGUCCCUGAUCCAAAUUAAUGGGGCUUUGAUCCCAAUCGCUGCAGCAUUGUCCAAACCUGCCGUCUUUCAUAGACGACCCCACCCCCUCCCCCCACCCACCCCCCGCCCCCAGCCUGCCACAGUGUAGCUACAGAAUGAUUUAAUGUAACUGCAGACAUCGGUCCUACCUAUAACCACACAUACUGAAUGUAUAUAUCCAAAACAGGCGGUGCUGGUGCAUAAUAGUCAAUGUGGAGUCACUGGAAUAACUGGAUGUGGACCAACAUGGGGGGUGAAUGUCUACAAUGAUGCUCUGCUCAAACGGGAUGAGCUUUUGUUUUACUUGAGAAGAAUGAGCAACAAUUUAAGGGCCGGGUCACAUCAGAACUUUAAACAGCAAAGUUUUGCAGUGAAAGCAGUUCGGUUAAAAUGGAAAUCUUAGUGGACUGGUUCUUGGGGACAAAGUGAUUUUGUAUUAAUUUUUGGCAUCAAGUUUGAAUUCAGUGGAGUUUGGAGGAGGGAGCUAGCGUAGCUUAUUAGCUGUGUUGGAACAUCAGCUUUUACUGACGCCUUCUUCUGCCUGUUUAAAAACUGUCCCACAACAGAUGUGGGAUGCUGAGGUGUCACCGAGCCACUAGAACCACACAGAUAAAUUACGCUGUGCUUCUUUCUGGUGUGGCCAGGCCUUUUGAAGGGGGGUGAGGAGCAUUGACCUACAUUAUUUUCACUGCAAUGUGACACUGAGUUUGAUGUCACCUUGCAACCUCUAUAAUUAGGGUUCAUUAGGGGGGGAGAAAAGUUUGGGAUCUCACACCUACCCCCUUCGACUCUUCUCGUCUUAUCCGAGAGUCCUACCCAGGUAUAGCAUCUUACUCACAAGAGGUAGCCUACUUUCACCUGACAGUAAAACAGUUUGGGGAGCUCUUUCCAGUUUCUGAAGCUGUGGAAGGAAAAGUCGGUUCCAUAAUCCAACAGACAGAAUCCUGACAAGACACAGUUCUGCCUAAUCCACACAACUGACAAUAUUAAGGCAGGUAAGCUCAGAAAAGUGUCCUCUGUGAUCACAGACUGUAUCACCAUUUCCUGUUCCUUCGCUCUGUGCACCAUAGGAAGUUGUGAUGUGGAGGGAACUUGGAGGAGAACGCUGGUAGAGGUGAUGGGAAAGGCGUUUGUUGCGACAGGCAAUCCAAAGUAGGGUGAAGAGAUAAUUGUUUACGCUGAGCUCUAAGCCAUCAAGUGCUUCAAAGAGAGCCGAUAAUCACUCUUUGGUGUGGUGUGCUAAGCUCACCUUGCAUACAGAAUGUUCCAUAUUCAAAGCCAAGUCAGAUAAGGAUGUGAAAUUCAGCUGAAUGUUUGCAGCUCAAGGGCAGAACUCGUAUUUAGAGUCACCUAGUUAGUUUUUACAUAGAGGAGUGAGGAUUUAUUUCCACGCAAAGUUGCAUUUUUAAUUACAUUUCCAGUCAAAGGCUGCAAACAAAAGCUCAGUGUGGAAACGAGGUUAAGCUGCGUGGUCAACGCAGAAGCUUGUUGUUUACUCAGACCAAAACUAAAGACUGAGAGGGAGACACUGAGACAAAAUAAGAGGUUGAGGGCAAAAGAGAACGACCACUGAGCAUAAGAGAGUCGAAUAAAAGAAAUGAAUAGGCUCAUUUAGAGUAACGUCCGUUUGCGUCCCACAUUCCCUGCUGAGAUUUCCUUCAUUAUUUUACCUCCAGCUCUGUAAGCACCUCUUACCAGACAUCAUUUCUGACAAUAACCAAGUCAUAAUGUGCGGUUUUAUUGCAUCGUGUAGCUUUCCAUUUAAGAAAGAGGAAAGUGAGGGAAGUGAGGGAGGUAGCAACGUUCACAGUGUAGAACUCUCAUUAGCUCACUAAUGGAUUUUGUCAGUGGGGUAUCUGUCAGGAAUCAUGCAUUUAUAAUGGGGGUCACUUAUGGGGGAGGUAUUGACAGCAAAACACCUCAACAUGUCAAGAAAAUGGCCUUCAGAUUUAACGGUGAUGUCACGGGGAAUCAUUUGCACUGAGGAGAACAACUUUGUGUUAAAAAUGCUAAAUUUUGCAGAGAAAUUGUGUUCACUUCAUCAUAAAACACACCAGAAAACCUAUUUAUUAAAAUGUUAGCAUUCGGUUAAUCAAGAACCUAAACUACCUGCUGUCUUGCUUCAUAUAGACUAUAAUUUGUUAUAAUUUGGAUCCUUUGUUUUAUGAGGACAGAUGAUACCUUGGUCAUGAAAAAUGUCUCCUUUUGGAGAUAAAACUCUUCAAUUACACACAAGCAAGAUCGAUUAUGCUGAAUAAGUGCUCUCCUUCUGGGGGAUUAAUCCACCCGCCGCUGAGAUUUUUUUCAAUGUAAAAUGGCAGAUGUUUUUGUGUAGAAUAGAAUAUAAAAAACUGUGACCAGUUUAGCCUUAUUACUAUACUGUAAAUUGCCCACAACCUGCUAUUAGAAAUGUCUUCAUAGAGGCACAAUGGUGAUUUAAGUGUUACAUGUUUGUUAUAGUCAAACUGGAAAGUUUUGCUACGGUCGGUGUUGGUAUUUUGAAGCUGUCGUUCCCUGUUUUAUUACUGGAAUUCAAAGUGAGGGGAUAAAAGAUUUGAAGUGUUUGUCAAUAUGAAGGUAAUAUGUUUUGGAUUCGUUUUUAAGAUGUUUUGAACGGUUUUUCGUAUUAUUAUUGUGAAUGUUCUGUUUUUGAGUCAAAAGAAUUUUUACUGUGGGCUUUGUGUUGCCUCUGCUGUUCCGCUAAAGCUUGCUAAAAUGCAUUUCUGACUGAUGCUUCGAGCUACCUCCUGAGGGCUGUUGUUGGUUUUAAACCAAGGGGUCACAUCGCGUGCGACCCCCUGAAACAUAUGCUCCUUGUCCUCUCGGCCUCCACUAUGACAGAGGUUGGACCUGUGAGCGUGAGUUCAUCACUAAUGGCAGACAAGGUCAAGGGUCAUAUUUUAGCCAGAAUGGAUUUUCCACAGCUGUACACAGGAGUUUGCACGAGCACAUGACAAAUAACCACUCUGAUACUGAAUUAUGAUACGAAGUCAUAUCAAAAUAUUCUCUGUGGUAUUUUCUUUUUUAGCUUUUGGCUGUUUGAGCUUUAAUAAGCACUUAUUGUAUUAAAGAAGAAUGCUGCUGGGGAGCAACUAAGACUCAGCUGUCACUUUCACACAUGUGACGAAUAUGAAUUAUGAAAGGCAAUACCAAAAUGCGUCUUUUGAUAGCUGACAAGAUCACUAUGAAUAUUUGAGUAAUUUCCCAAAUGAAUCCCGGUCAACUUAUUUAAUCAGAUUUAAUCAAUUUCUCCGUUCUCCCCUGUGUUAAGACAAACAUUUAAACUGUCAUCUGUUUUGUGAAUAUAAAUUUAUUUCAGUAUUCCUGCCUUUCUCCUUUUUUUGUUUUUUUAAUCUGAAACUGUGACAUUUAUUCCCCUUUGGCGUCCUGUGAAAACAGACAACUCAUGUUCCACUUUAUCUGGAAGAGCAGACUUUGGAAAAUCAGUUAGCGACGAGGUGAUGUCAUGUGACAUGGCUGUGUUUUUUUUAACUCCCACUACAUUCCGGUUGGACAUCCACAAACAUGGGCGACUGUAACCUCGACAAGUUACAACCGGCCCUGUAUCCUCCCGUCCUACCUGAGGCUGUGGCCUUCAGGGCUCUAAUUCUCCCUGAUAAGGGCUGAUUGGUUGCAGUGCAGUCUAACCCCUGACAUGAGUACACUCCAGGGACUGUGGGUAAUUGUGUUUUUUUUUUUUCUUGUCUGGUAUUACAGAAAAAAAAAAGGAAAACACAGACAAGGAGAGAAAAGCGAGGCAGGAUCUGACACUUCAUCAGUUAAAUGAUGCUGAACCAUGUUAACUUAUCCAUCCGUGGAAAAAAGGAGACCUUUGUCUAAUGUUAGACUUAAAUAUACAUUUGCAGCCCUCUACUCAUUUGUGUAAAAAAAAAAAAAAAAAAAGGUAAUAUACAGUUUCCUGUCUUAUAUCAGCAUAAUUGUCUCUGAGCCUCAAUAGCGGCGCUGGUGCAAUCGUUCUUGGUAAUGCUGUUAAAAAAAAAAAAAAAACUUAAUGGUUCAUUUCCUGUGUGCUACUAUGAUGUGAAAUGGGCAGAGUAGAAAUGGCAGAACAUGAUACAAUAGGAUGCCAUCAUUUUUUUCUGUGUUGUCACUUUAGCUUGCUCACAGCCUCUGGAAAACGUAUUCUUAGGAUUUUUUUUUGUCUCUGAUGUUAGGUUUUUCUAUCACCUCGGCUGCCAUCUUGAAUGUUGAGUAUCUUUGAUCAUGUGCUGUUGUCACUUGCAUAGCAGUGUUUGCUAUCGAGGAUGGAAAAGUAUUCUUUAUCUUUGCUAUCCUGAGUAUGUCCACAUUCCUAUUGUUCAUGACAUCUGUACAAUUUGUAUAUUAUAAAAUGAUUUAUAUUUAA